AUGACUUCAAGUGUAGGCAAACUUGCGGUUGUCAUGCUGCUCAUAGCCGCAUUCUUCAACGCUGAUACAGACGCUCAAUGGUCAACCUCGCUGCUGCACGCCGGCGUGAGAAAGAAGCUGUGGGAAGACGCGCGCGGGGGAUUCUUGACGAUCCGCUGCUCGUCUACCCCAGAUUACCCCGCGAUAAAGCCGGUACUGACGUCCGGGGGUCGAACGAUCCCUUGUUCCCACGUGCGCAAUCUCAAGCCGAUCGCCGAUCGGACCGUCCCGACCAAUUUCUCCGCGGCGAGUCUUUUGAGGGGCAUUCUUGCCUAUCCCGAGAGUCGGGCUGCGACGAAAUACGCGAGAUGUUUCGACGUCCCGGGGUUCGACAAGCGGUUGGACAACAUGAUCAUCGGCGCUCGAGCAGGGAGAAAGAGUAUCGGUGUAUUUUUAAAUGGUAAAUGGAAUCAUGCGGACCUCCGGGAAGAGUCCUCAAUUCCUAGCGACUUUGCCGAAAUUCCAGAGUCCGCGUUGGGCGGGUUUCGGAGGAAAAUUGGCACACCUGGCACGCGCUCGCAGAGGGGUCGUUGGUGGGCCAUGUGCGAGGACGUCAUUGACGACGGGACGGAUCAAGACAUUCACAAGAGCAUAUCGGCCGGAAGUAGAUUGGCAGCCGAAGAAUGCAAACAGCAGUUCCGAUGGGAGAAGUGGAACUGCCCGAAGAAGGCCUUCUCAAACAUUGGAGAAACCAGUCGACCUAACAAAGAAAAUGCCUUCAUUCAUGCCAUCACUUCGGCAGCAGUGAGCCACACACUGACCAGGAAUUGUACAGCAGGUCAUUUUGGACACUGCGGCUGCGACAUGAGACGUCGUGCUGGAGGACAGUCAGGUGUUGAUGGAUGGCAGUGGGGUGGCUGCAGCGACAAUUUCAAAUUUGGCGAUAAAAUUUCUCGCAAGUUCACAGACGCCAUGGAAACAGGCAGAGACGCAGUGGCAAUGGCCAACUUGCACAACAAUCGCGCUGGGCGUGUGGCCGUGCGUCGGACAAUGCGGAAAAUUUGCAAAUGUCACGGAGUGAGUGGAAGUUGCACGACGAAAACCUGCUGGAUGACACUGGGACAGUUCCGAGAAGUCGGCGAUUUUUUGAAGCAGCAAUACAACAUGGCAGUCAAGCUGGAUCAAUGGAAUGCCAAGUAUGGCAUGUGGAUGACGAAUUCCGUGGAUGGACACAAAAAACGUGGAGAUCACGAUGAUCUCUCGCUUAUGGACUCCCUGGCGAAACGAACUCUUGUCUUCAUCGAGAAGUCAUUUGAUUACUGCUCACCCAAUCCGUUUGAAGGUACAAAUGGGACUCGUGGCAGAGAAUGCUCUCGUCGUCGUGGACAGAACGUCACUCAAGAAGAGCGGACGAGCUGUCGGACGCUGUGUCGCGACUGUGGCUUGAAGGUUCGCCGACGCAUCGUGGACGUUCCAGUUUCCUGCAACUGCAAAUUCGUCUGGUGUUGUCAAGUCAAGUGCGAUACUUGCAUCCGAUCGACGGAAGUUGCAUCCUGCGAGCGGUAA